AUGUCGUCAGCAAUAAUCGACGAGUCCUUCGCCGUGCACAGUUUCGAUUUGUACUCCGCCUCCUGCACCGUCGAGAAUGCUUCUCCUGCUUUCCGGUUUCAAAUCCAGCAACGAUGGACAGCACCUACUGGGAAGAGUGUCGACAAGGUCGUUCGAGACGCGCAGAAAAAGGCGCGCAAGAAAAACGGCGACGAGUCUGACCACGGACAGGGAGAGCAGCUAGGCGCAGACAACGAGGAAGACCUUAGCCCCAGCGCUGCUGGUGGAGCUGACGAGGAAGAC